AUUCCCUUCGCUCUCCCUGGCGAGCGUCUCUUCCUCAGUUAAAUGGUGGAGACACAAAUCAGACUUAGUCACACGUUGUCUCUGCAGGAGCACACGCGUGUGCACGCAGCCUCCCGCACACGCUUUCAGAAUUGGAAGUGGGGGCGGGGUGCGGGAUGGGGCGCCAUCCAAGCAAGCAGGGCUCCUCGCCUCUCUCGCUACCGCGGAUCUGCACCAACUUCCCUCCCUCUCUUCCCUGCGCCCAGCUUUGCGCCCCACCCCCGUCCCGAACCCUGCGCACCCAGGCGCCUGGACUGGCGUAAAUUUCCGCCCACUUGCGCGGCCGCCCUGGGGGGCUGCUUCGUGACGUCAGGCCGGGCGAGGGGGUGCCGCCUCCCGGCUGCCCGCUCCUCCCGGUCCUGCGGCCCCCGCCUGCCCUUUAAAAGAGCGGGGCCUCCGCCUGCCGCGCCGCACCGCCGGGGACCGGGACGCACGACUGCCUUCCCGGAGCACCGCAGCCUCGCCAGCCUUCGACACCUCGCUCCCCCGGGCCAGCAGCAGCAGCCCCUUGCCGCGCGGCUUGGGGACGAGCCGGGACCAUGCUGCGUGCACGGCUUCUCAGCCUCCUGGGAGCCGCGGUGCUGGCGGCAGUGAGUGCCAUGCCACUGGACAACAGGAACCACAAUGAAGAGAUGGUGACUCGCUGCAUCAUCGAGGUCCUCUCAAGUGCUCUGUCCAAGUCCAACGCGCCACCUGUCACCCCGGAGUGCCGACAAGUCCUGAAGAACAGUGGGAAAGAGGCCAAAGAUGAAGAGAAAAGUGGCAAAGAAAACAGCAAGUUUGAAGUCAGACUGCUAAGAGACCCAGGGGCUGCUUCGGAAGGCCAGAGGGCGUCGAGCAGGGCAGAAGAGGACGCAUGGGGCCCCACCAAGGUGGAGAACCGGGCCCCAGGGGGCGGGCGCGGCCAGGAGGGCACUGUGGCCCCUGGGAGCAGUACCCGGGCCGCCAAAGAAGCGCAGACGCGCCCAUCUGAGAAGACCGUGGGAACAGACAGUGAGGAAGAAGAGGGAGAGAAUAACUCGAAGGAGAGGCACGGGGAAGAUGCCACCGACGGGAAGCACCGCACAGAGCUAGGAGAGACACAAAAGGCCCUUCCCGACAAGCGAAGCCAGGCGGCGGCCCAAGCGGUCAGGUGGGACGGCCACUCCGAGGAGGAGACACACAGCAGGGAGAAGAGCAGCCGGGAGAGCGGUGAGGAGAUGGGGAGCCGCGAGGAACGCCCCCCGGAGCCCACAAGCCAGUCCCAGAGUCAGGAAGAAUCCGAGGAGAGCCGGGAGGAUGCCACGGUGGAGGUGGCCAAACGGCGCGCCAGGCCCCGACACCACCACGGGAGGAGCAGGCCUGACAGGGCCCAGGACGGGACUCUGGGCUCCCAGGAGGGAGGGCAGUCCCACCCGGAGAUGGAGGCGGCCGGUGCAGGCACGGCAGGUGCAGGGGGAAGAGCGGUCCAGCAUGCAGCACACCCCAGGGCUUCCGAAGAGGAGCCAGCUUAUGGGGCCGAAGGGAGGAGUUCCGCAGGUGUCCGGGCUCCUGCCUACCGGGACAGAGGGAGUGAGGAGUACAGGGCUCUGGGGCCCCAGAGUGUGGAGAGCAGAGAGGAAGGAGAGGAGCCCAGCCUGGAGCUGGACAACAUGGCGCACAGAGAUGGCGAAGGGCGCGAGGUGGAGAGGGGCCGAGAGCAGGGCAAGGGGCCUCGUAGCAGGGGCCAGGGAGGAGAGCCAGCUGCCCGUUCCUCCCUGACCACCAGAGGCGAGCAAGGGCCCAUGGGUGAAGGACACCGGCGUAUCCAGGAAAGCCAGAUGGACAAGGCAAGCCGGUUACUGCCAGGGGAGUGGAGCGCGCCGGAGAGGAGGUACCUCAGCUAUGGAGAUGAAGGAGCCCAGGGCAAGUGGCCGUGGCAGGAGGACCUGCAAGCCCCAGAGGAAGUGAUGCUCCAAGACAGAUUUGGUCCCUAUCCCAGCAAGGAAAGGAGGAAGAGAUUAGGGGGGCUCUUCAACCCUUAUUUCGACCCUCUCCAGUGGAAGGACGGCCGCUUUGAGAAAAAAGACAGCCUGGAUGACAACUUUCUCGAAGGGGAAGAGGAAAACGGGAUGGCCUUGAAUGAGAGGGCCUUCUUCCCGGAGUACAGCUAUGACUGGUGGGAGAGGAAGCCCUUCUCCGAGGACGUGAACUGGGGCUACGAGAAGAGGAGCUCCGCCAGGGCCCCCAAGCUGAAUUUGAAAAGGCAGUACGACAGGGUGGCCGAGCUGGACCGGCUGCUCCACUACCGGAAGAAGGCGGCCGAGUUUCCCGACUUCUAUGACUCCGAGGAACAGAUGAGCCCGCGCCACGAGGCAGAGCGUGAACGGGCUGGGGAGGACGAGGCGGUUCUGACCGACCAGGAGGAAAAAGAACUUGAAAACUUGGCUGCGAUGGAUCUGGAGCUACAGAAAAUAGCUGAAAAGUUCAGCCAAAGGGGCUGAGUUUCAGAGCAGUGGGGGACUAAGAUGCAGCCCUACCUUCCACCACUUCACCGGAAGUCACACUUAUUUACCCAAAGGCAGAAAAUAGAAUUUACUAGUCAUUAAGUGUUUGACACAAUUGGAGAUGCCUUUAAUUUUUGCCAGAAUGCUAUUGAAGAUGUGAAUAGCAUGACUUGUAGCAUAUUUUUUUCUUGCAAAAUAGACAUAUUAAAAUGCUUGUGACAA